AUGAUCAACCUUUUGGGCUUGAGCAACUUGGAAUCCAUGGUGCCAAUUUGGAUUCGAAAACCGUACAAUUCUCAAAUUGUUGCUGAAUUGAGUCCUGUCCAGGGACUGUACGAGCGUGGUAUAUUCAGCACAUUUUUUGCUGGGAAUGAGGUUCCAGGCCAAUUCAUCCAUAAAACUAAAUGGUCCUCAUUAUCUUUUACUGUUCCUUCACUUGAUAAUCACAGAAUUGGAGGCUUGAAGGUCUUUAGUGUCUAUACAAAACGUGCCAAUGAUUCUCCUUGGGCUUUACCCGGGCCAAUGAUUACUAGAGUCACAAAUAAGAGUAAGGAUAUCAAGUUAAUCUAUGCCCCAUCACACUGCGGCAUUCCAGCUGAAGGAGAAGACAUGAUAUGGUUAAGCCAUUGGAAGUUGGAGGAGGAGGUUCACGUAGAUGUCGGCGAUAAACUGGUUGUUUCUGUAAUUAUGGAACCUUGGCUUCUGGUAAAGGAGUUUGGCAUCCAGCUUGUGCAACCGCUGCAAAGUACCCAACACCAAACCAUUGGUCAUUAUCUGCCAGGAGUGCCAGGAGUAUACUUGCUCUCACGCACAAAUGCAUCCAUACAAGAUCCGAUUUGGUUCAGUAAGAUCCUUGGGGACUCUGAUGAAGAAGAUAGGACAGACAAAGAAGACGAGAAACAGGAUGAGCAAACAAUUGCAGCAGCCAUGACAGCCGGCAAUAUUAACUCCAGAGGCCUCCUCCGUGGCUGGAAAGUGCUCAUCACCGCCGCUUGCUUCUUUCUCAUACUUCUCAUAUCAGUCGCUCUUCUUUACUCUCUCACAGAAAGAAGGGACAGUCUAAAAGCUGUGGAUGGAUGA